AUGGGUGCGCCACCUGCCAAGAAGCCGCUGGUCAACCGGAAUCUAAUAUCCUUGAAAAUUGUCCUCUUCCUGUUCUACGGUGCACUAGGAUGUCUCCAUCCGUAUCUGCAAAAGCACAUGACCCUGACCGGGUUGAACUACUACGAGUCGCAGGUGAUAACGCUCGUGGCUCCGCUGGUGGCAAUUCUGGGACCUCUGAUCAUUGCCCCGCUGGUGGACAGGCUUGCAGGUCGCUCUGGAACGAUGUUCGGUAAACGGCUACGUCUGCUGGCCGCCAUCUGCAUGAUUCUCUCGGUGGUGCUCUAUUCGGUGCUAUUCUUUGCCGUGCCGAGGGUAGAGAGACAGGAAUCGAGCCGAUCGAUGGUGAGCUUCGCGUGCGACUACGACGGUGCCAUCAUAUUCCAGCAACGCUGCAGCGAGGAACGGACGUGCUAUCAGUGGAAGCGCGAGAAGAUCGGACACCUUACGCUGACCAAUUGCUCCUACACGUGCCAGAAACCGGUCGAGUUCGAGAACCUAAACCAUCCGCACACCAAAGGGUUGGUGUUACCGUCCUCCACCGAGAGCUCCCUCGAGGACGAGGACUACGACGUCAGCGAUGAGCCUCUGCCGGCACCGGAAAAUCUGCUACAAGAACCGAAGGUCGAAGUGGACAAAACCCCCAUUCCCGUGCCGCACAUCUGCGAGCAUAAGGGGGACGCGGAGCGGGAACUGUGCCACGCGUACACGUCCGCCUCAGCGUCGCUGAAGCUGUCCACGGUGUUGCGAAGUGCGGUGAAUCAAGAAAACGAAACACACAGUGCCGAAUGGUGCCGGUAUCCGCUAGAUGGGUUCUCCUGUGAUAUCCCCGAGAAGCAGAUCAUCUGGAUGAAGCUGCUGACGCAAUCGUCCAACUGUACGCCGAAGGUGGAGUGCGAGGUUCACGAUCCGUACGACGACGAGAACAGUGUGCUAUCCGAGAGCGUCUGCAUGAGGAUCGUGGGCGAUCCUGAGGCAACGUUCUGGUCGUAUCUGGUGCUGCGAUCCUUUGGCGAUGCCUUCCUGCUGGCUGUUAUAGUGCUCCUAAACGCCGCCACCAUCAUUGCGACUCGCGAAACAUCCACCGGACGUGGUGACUUCGGACGGCAGAUCGUAUGGGGUGCCAUCGGGUGGGGUGUGUCCUACUUUGCGCUCGCCUGGUUCCUCGAGACGUACUACGCGUACGUGGGGCUCACCCUGCUGGCCGCACUGGUGCUGCUCGUGUCGACCGGAAUGCCUCUGACGCCGCCGGAAAUGUGGUGGCACACGAAGUGCGGCAUGGUGGCGAUCCCGAUGUCCGCCAUUCGGCGCUACGGACCCGAGUCGGCCGGCCUAUGUCUGGUGACGCUCGUCCUCGGCACGUUCUGGGCGGUGCUGGACAACUACGAGGGUGUGCUGGUGAAAUCGUUCGAUAUCCACCCGUCGCCGUCCGAUUACUACGGACAGGUUUGGAGCGCAUUCGUCGUGCUCGGUGCACUUCUCGCCAUACCGACGCUCUGGUACGCGGAGAAUAUCGUUGACUUCUGUGGCCACUCGAACAUCCUCAUCACCGCCAUCACGACGUUCAUCUUCCGCUUCGCCCUACUCGCCACAACCGACGUCGAGUGGUGGCGCGUGGUCAUCGAUUUCCUCUACCCAGUCACACUCGGUCUCACCUGGCUGACGAUUGUGUUCUACAUGCGCCACAUUAUGCCGCGCCGGCUCGUCACCACCGGUCAGGCACUUCCCGUAAUCUUCCACUUCUGCCUGGGCCGCUGCCUUGGCGCCCUCAUCGGCAUGUGGACGAAGCUGGACCACCUGAUCGUCACCUUCCAGGCACUGGCCAUUGCCGCGUGCGUCAUCUCGGCCGUUUACUUCCUGCUGUACCAUCUCGUUCUAGCUCCACGAUGCGCCGCCCGUCUCCAGCACGAACCGUCCGCCUCCGCCCUCAACAUAACCGCUCCCGAUUCGACGACUCACACCAACGGACAACAAGCUCCCCUUGCGCAGCCCGUCUCGCAGACGAACGGCAGCUACCAGCCGCUCCGGAUCUACCACAACUACCGUGGCCGGAAGGGACACUUCCGCUACUAGGCGGACAGAAGAAAGCUAGCUUUAAACAAACAAGAAAAAAAACAGCUCCUGUUCAUUUUUCCUAGUCCCGUUUAGAUCGACGUUAGGCAGCGGAGCGGUCCAUGCCAUCUCCUACGGUUCGGAGACUUGUUGAGAACGAUCGUUGGUACCAAAUAGUAGACACAAACACACAGAAACUAUCAUUCGUGGUAUGAGAAAGUAUAGGUAGGGAAUUAAUUUUACGUUCAAACGCUAUCCUUAAGUUGUUUCUAUAAGCAAAAGUGUUCCAUCCACGGACUAUUUAUUGGCUGACUUUCAAUCAAGAUCGAACGACAGCAAAGCUACAUUCUGAAGGAUUCAAACGAAAAACCCGCGCUCCGAAUGUGGUAGGGGGGUUUGCUUUAGUUCAUUUGGCCAACGUUUGAUAGUUAAGUUGCAAAGCUGAGGUAUUCUUUUCUAUCUUCCUGUUAGUAGAACCGUGUACCGUGCAACCCGAGUGUUCGUUGAAUUUUAAGAAUGUUAUUACACGACCUAGAUUACAUAACAAACACGAUCGCCGACUAACGAAAAAUAAGUUAAGUUGUACAAUCGAAUACGCUUAUUCAUCCAGCAUAAUGCACUGGAAUUUUUUCUUAUCGUUUCACCUUUUCAGUUCAGUUUUAAAUUUAUGUUCAUUAAUACGACUAAUUUUGCCCACGCCAGAAAAGAAACAAGAAUAACAGAGACGACGGAAUGGUGAAAUAGUAUACGCAAUAAUAUGCAACAUAAAGUACAGUUUAAAUGUAAAACUAUUGGAAAAAAUGUCCUACAGCCGCUCUGCGUUGAAGAAAAAAACAUUUGAAACAAAUAAUUCUCUAGAGUACAUAGAAAUUUGAAAGAGAUAAAAUAUACGCUGCUAUCUAUUUACAAGCCUGAAUCUACAGCAAAAACAAAGAUAACAAAA